CCUAGCCGGAGCAGGCUCCGCGGAGAGGACGCUGCGACGCGCCCGCGCUCGGCGGCCGGAGGCGCCCUACGCUCGGCUGCGGCCACGGGAGGCGCUUUUUCCCGGGAGCCAGCCGGGAAAAGCCCAGUUUAACCACGAGUGGCUAGGCCAUUGCACGGGCCUCCCAGCGACAGAAGGGCAGCGAAAGAGGGCUGAAGCUGACCUGAGCUUUCCCACGCAGGGGAGAAGGCGCCAGGGCGAGGUGGGGAACAAGGGAGGAGUGUGGCGAAGCUCACGGCCAGCGGUGGAUUAUCCGGGCCGGUCUGCGUUUGCGGGCUGCGAAAUGCGCGAGGAAGACAAGGGCAUGCUGGGUGGUGGCGGCGACGACGCGGGCCUGGCCAGCGCCUCCGCCAAGGGGCAAGUGGAGACCGUGCGGCAGCUCCUGGAAGCCGGUGCGGAUCCCAACGGAGUCAACCGCUUCGGGAGGCGGCCGAUCCAGGUCAUGAUGAUGGGCAGCACCCGCGUGGCCGAGCUGCUGCUGCUCUACGGCGCGGAGCCCAACUGCGCGGACCCCGUCACUCUCACCCGACCUGUGCACGACGCGGCCCGGGAGGGCUUCCUGGACACGCUCGUGGUACUGCACCGAGCCGGGGCGCAGCUGGACGUGCGCGACGCCUGGGGCCGCCUGCCCGUGGACCUGGCUGAGGAGCGGGGCCACCGCGCUGUCGCCCGGUACCUGCGCGCAGCUGCAGGAGACUGAUGGCAGGUACCCCCAGCCGCCCACAACAUUUCUUUUCUCCCCUGUUCCCCACCCCCAACUUAGUGCAUGGGAGGCUACAAAUGUGGAGCGGCGGAAAGCCUGAAAGCCUUCCAGGAGACUUGACUCACCGUCCGGGAGGAGAAGCAGACAGUGAAUACAACUUUUUUUUUUUUUUUUUUGUCUUUCUUCUUUUCCUCUGGAUCCUGCCCUCACUCUCACGGCGCAGCCAAACGCAGAGGUGAUGCAAAUGGACUUCCAGAGAGAUUCAAGAGCUGAAUGUGAAGCUCCCGGGUGUCGUUUACUUUUCAGGGUUUUCUGGCAAAAAGCGGCCCAUUAAGUCCCUAACGACCCCAGGUGUUUGCCAAACUUCACUGGAAAGACGCUGGCGGCAGAGUCGGAGGCGGCCAUGAUAGGCAUUUGAGCGCGAGGCAGAAGACACGUUUGUCCCACUGACCUUGAAGGAGGGUACUGGAAGCCCCUACUUUAGGUUUGAGGCGCCUGGGGCUAGAAGGAGAACUCUGAAGACGGAGGAGAUGACAACGAAGAUGCUGAAGACGAGUUCGACAGUAGACAGCAUCAGCAGGUGCCCCGGGCUUUACAGGCUGUGUGUUGCCAUCCAAGUCACCUGCGAAGCCCUGGGGACUUGCACCCAGCUCCACCGGAUAGUGACGGGAAAGGAGGAUUCCAGAGCCACCUGGAAUUUGCCCACAGGUUCUAGGAUCCCUGGGUCAAGAAGACACAGAACAGCUCUGGAGAGGGGCGCGUGCCAGCUGGUGCCAGCUGUUUGUUACUCAAUCCACGGGAGAUUCUUGGAGAGUUCAGAAGUCAGCGCACAGGGUGAUGUGGUGGAUUGCAGGAAGAGCGACUGUCACGAUUAACUGUAACGAUUUGCUCCAUCUAUAUAAGAUAGGAUAAAGGACUUCCCUCCCCCAUGAGAUGAAAAGAUUUUGCAAUAUUUUGUAUUUAUGAGUUGUUCUUCAGUAGCAAUCUUACUGGGGAGGCUUUAAAUAACAAAGUAACUUGCGCGGGGUGGGGGGGGGUAAAGAACUAUAGCUUUUAAAUCAAGCUCUGGCACAGUGCCAAAGCUUAGACCCUUUCAUCCUUAACCUAUUUAUUUCUUUGUUAAAUUUUCUGACUGUAUCCUUUACUAGAGUGUGUCAGAGGAUCAAACUAUGAAAUAUUCCAAUUAUCUUGUAGAAAACCGAUGCACUUACCCAUUAAACUCUCUUGGGGUAUUUCCCAAAAUGUUGCUGAAAGAGUAAAUUGAAUAUAAAACUGUUGAAAAUAGAUGAUGAUGGCUCACAGAAUGUCUUCAUAUCUGCAGAACAAACUAAAGUGCACGGCUUUGAGAUUUAAUGUCCAGUGUUGCUUGAUUCCUUACGGCAUUGGAACAACUGAUACAUCAAUGCUUUAAUAAACAAAAACAAUACUAAGAUGUGGAUAAACAAAAAACAAUUCUAAGAUGUGGAUAUUUUGGUUUAAAAAUGUAUGAUCAUGGACUUACCACUAAUUCCUGAGAAAUGUUAAAGACUCAAAGAGGUUCAUUUCUCUCACUCUUUGUAAUAAUUAUUGAUAAAUGAUACCAGCAACAAUUGAUUUUAAAACACUGCUAUAUAUACUAGGAAAAGAUUUAUGAAGUGUGGGAGAGAGAAAGAGAGAGAAACAGAAGAAAAAAUAACUAAUUUGAGAGACCAAAAGAAGGGGAUUCAUUAAAUUGAAUUAAAAAAUCUUUACUUCCCCA